AUAGAAGUUGCAUGCGUAAAGAAGAGAUAGAUAUGGUUUCAAUUGAUAAGUUGUACAAAUUAGUACUAUUGCUUAUUUUAGCAACCGAUAUUAGUGUCGUCAAAUCGUCGAGUAAUUUGGCAAAUGGACCUCAGCUGCCCCUUCCAGACGUAGAAGUUAGGGCAGUCGAGGCAUUACGUAAACUUGCAAAGGGGAAUGACAAGUUCUGGUAUCAACAAUGUGAUAACAAAACUAUUAUAUGUGGCAACUGUAAUAAAACAUUUUGUCAUGUUACGGAAUUAUAUUUAUCAGGGAACAAUUUAUACGGGAGAAUACCACAAGAAGUUGGAAAUCUUUCUCAUUUAACAACAUUGGAUUUAAGCGGAAACAAUCUUCGAGGAGAAAUUCCUAUAUCAAUUAUCAACCUACAAUUCAUUACUGCUAUAGAUCUUUCUGAUAACUCCUUGAGUGGGCAGUUGCCACCUUUUCAGAUGGAGUCUUUACAAUUCUUGAAUUUAGGCGGCAACAACCUUAAUGGAUCACUCCCUAAAUCAUUUCUCAACCUAACAUCGCUUGAGGAACUAGGGCUUUAUGAAAACUUCUUCAGUGGAGACUUGUUGCCAUUUCAGAUGAACAACUUACAGAUUCUAUAUCUGGAUGAGAAUGAACUCUCAGGUGCCAUCCCACAGCAGCUUGGGAAUCUUACACAGCUACAGGAACUGGACCUACGCGCCAAUUAUUUCGUUGGUGAAUUGCCUCCAAGCUUCAUGAAGUUGGUGAACUUAGAAAAGUUUUGGGCUCAAGGGAAUAGCUUGACUGGGAAAUUUCCAACAUUUAUAGCCAAUUGGACGCAACUCGAUACGUUGGAUCUGUUAGGAAAUAAUUUUGAAGGCCCCUGGCCAAAGGAAAUCUCAUCAUUGGAAAGUCUCGUUUACCUAGCACUCAGCAAUGUAGUCACAAGAGGAAGUGCAUAUGAUUUUCCCGAUCUAUCGCGUAUGACUUCAUUGCAAGACUUGACAUUGAGGAAAUGUUCACUUCGUGGUCCCAUUCCGGGAUAUAUGUGGGAGCUUAAAAAAUUACAGAAUCUGGACUUGAGCUUCAACGAGUUAUCUGGACAACUGCCAAAUUCCAUUAGCACAUCUUUAACAUCUAUAUUCCUCAGGGAGAACAAGCUUAAUGGAUUAUUGCCAGGAUGGCUAACUAAGAGGAAGAAUGUAAAACCACAUCGAUACGUGGAUGUUUCUGAAAACUUGUUUGAAAUUAAAACCUUAGAGUUCAAUGCUUCAUUUGAUGAUCCGGACGUGAACACUUUUCCGGGCUGCUCAAGUAAUUUGCCAUACACAAAAGAUAAAUGUGACCAUUAUUGCCAUAAUAAUCUAAAAUAUGAUGAAUUGUUUAUCAACUGUGGUGGCAAGGAAGUUACUGUAAAUGGCAAUCACUACUCUGCUGAUCAGAACCCCAAUGGAUCAUCAACGUUUUCUCGCAAUGAAACAGGAGGUUGGGGUUAUAGUAGCAUGGGUCUUACCAAGAGUUUGGAUAAUCGACCUGAAUCAUUAAUAAUCAAGGAUACAUGUAAUCUUUCCAAUACUGCAGCACUUCUGGUUGAAACAGCCCGUGUAGCCCUGAUCUCUCUCAAGUACUAUGGAUUUUGUUUCUCCAAUGGAAACUACACAGUCCAACUAUAUUUUGCUGAGAUAGGCUCAAGUAAAAAACAAGCCUAUCCCAUCACACCUAAACGAGUUUUUGAUAUUGACAUCCAGGGGGAGAAUGUACGGAAGAACUACAAUAUAGAAGCAGAAAAAGAGAAUGAUGAUGGGGAUAAAAUGGUGGCACAUAAUACUUCUAUAAAAUCCUAUCUUGAAAUUCACUUGUACUGGUCUGGUAAUGGCUCGGCCAACUACGGUCCCCUCAUUUCAGCUAUUUCUGUAACCAAAGUUCGUGUACAACUACCACCAAGACACCAUCCGAAACUGACUCCUGCGCUUAAGGCUGUGAUAGCAGUAUCAUCACUGUUUUUUCUUGCUCUACUUUUGCUUUUACUAAGGAAAUUGGGUUAUCUUGGUGGAAAAAGAUCAUCAAAGGAAGAACUAAAAGCAACUGAAUUGUUCCCGGGAGGAGUUUACACCUUUCGUCAAAUAAAAGAUGCCACUCAGAACUUCAAUGUUGUGAACAAAUUAGGUGAAGGAGGUUUUGGACCUGUUUAUAAGGGCAUGCUCCCUGAUGGGACUACAAUUGCAGUUAAACAGCUAUCAGGAAAAUCAAAGCAAGGAAUACGUGAGUUUGUAAAUGAAAUUGGCACGAUUUCAGCUCUGCAACAUCCGAAUCUUGUGAAGUUAAUGGGAUGUUGUGCAGAAGACAACGAGCUCCUACUCAUUUACGAAUACAUGGAAAAUAAUUCUCUUGACCAUGCAUUAUUCGGUCCAGAGGAAAUUAAAUCGAGACUAAAUUGGUCGACGAGGGUCAAAAUUAUCCUCGGGAUAGCCAAAGGAUUAACUUAUUUGCACGAAGAGUCCAAAUUGAAGAUUAUCCACAGGGACAUUAAGCCCACAAACAUACUCUUGGACAAGGAGUUGAAUGCAAAAAUAACUGAUUUUGGAUACGCAAAGCUUAAUGAAGGGGAAAAUACUCAUGUCAUCACACGAAUUGCUGGAACAACGGGAUAUAUGGCACCAGAAUAUGCAAUGCGCGGCUACUUAACAUCAAAAGCAGACGUUUACAGCUUUGGGGUUGUUACACUUGAAAUUGUGAGCGGGAGAAACAGUGCUAGUUGCAGGCCAAGUGAUCAGACAGUUUACCUUCUUGAUUCGGCUUACGUGUUGCAAGAGCAGGGAAAUUUGAUGGAUCUAGUUGAUCCAAAACUUGGAACAGAUUAUUCUUGGACAGAAGCUAAUUCCAUUCUGGAAUUAGCAAUGAUGUGCACUAAUCCAUCACCAACUCUCAGGCCAACCAUGUCUGAGGUAGUGAAAGUUAUUGAAGGAAAAACUAAAAUCAAGACCACAUCUUCAACAGUCCGGCGUUCAACAGACGAGAUUGCAUUGACUAAGGCCAUGGCUGCACUCUCUCAGCCUUCUCCAUCUGAAAGCUAUUCUACAGCCGGGCCAUCAGAAGCUACUCCUCCCUUAUCUGACAGCAAUAAUAUUACCAAUGAAAUUUGAAUCCAACAUCUCCCAUUUCUGAGAUGAUUACUCUACUUAGACAAUGAAAAUCAAGGAGGCAAUAAUGCUUCGGUAGUAUGAGUUUUCUCUUGUUUUGAAACUAUUGGUCUGGCAUAUAUAUCAGUAUAAGAUUUUCAUUUUAGUAACCGUGUACAUUGUCGAUGAUUGUUUUCUGUUCUACCACUGAAUUCAUUGAGGCUUUGGACCUAGAAGUAGCCUUAUUGUCCUCAUCUCA